AUGGCAGUUACCUUGAAUAAUAUCAAAUUUUACCAUCCGCCUUCCCUCCCUGCACGGCCAAUAAAGAGCACAUCUCCUAAUGAUCAUCACACAUCAAAAAGAACUGAUUCUACUCCUUCGACUCACUCCAAACUCUCCUUCUCUCCGUUCUCACAGCCAGCAUUACCUCAUCCCCUACCUCCCCGGCCUCCAGCUAUCAUUCCCUGCAGUCAUCAUACAGCAUCUGCGACUCUACAUUUCCCCUCCAGCACAUCACAUACAGCCGAUUCCCAUCCCGUGUGCAAAAAUGAUUUCCACCGAGCGUUGGAUGACUUCUUUUCUGCUAAGAAUGGCAAAAAUGAUGAGGAUGGAGAGUCUUCGAUUCGUGUUCCUACGCAAGACCAUGGAAAUGACAAUCGUGCCCAUGCAACUUCGCCUAAUCUGGAAGUUUUAAGCCAAAUGACAGCCAGCUUGCCAUCGCCCAGCUUCAGCCAUCCACGGAUCCAUCGUCAGCAUUCUGCACAUCUUAACCGCCUACAUCAGCGUCCAAUAAGCUCAACCCUGAUUCGACAGAUUUCUGCACAGGGUUCAUCUAUCGUCAAUCGAGAACGUUCGGAGACUACGCAUGCAAGCGGAGUUCUGAGUCAUAGUCCAAAGUCCGGCGGAAGCACCCUGAGAAAUGAAAGCACCGACUUGCAGGGAGCUUCAGGAGAUUCGAAGCGUGCUAGCUCAUGUCAAUUAGAAGAAUCAUCAAAUCGAAAGAGAAGUCCAUCAGCACGUUUGUCUCCCUUGUCAACACCGCAGGUCGUGGUCCCAGUUUUGUCUCGUCGUUCCGUUUCGUUGCGGAGAAAGUCUAACUACUUGGAUAACCCCGAGAGAGAGGACGCAGGCGAAAGCUUGCGCCCAUCCAAGCGUCGUCGGAGAAUUCUGGAUGAAGCUUCAUCCACUUCUCGAGUUCCUCGACAAUUAUCCUCCGAGUCUCCACGUGCUAAGCGGCCGGAAUCACCGCCGGAAGAUUUGAGCGCAGAGAGUGAGCCGAUUCCCGUCCAGGGUUUCCUUCGAUUACGAUCUAGUGGAUCCGAGGUCAUCUAUUGCUUGGAGUUGUCACAGACGCAUUUUUCGUCAUCGGUCGCAGGCGGACAAAUAGAAUCUCCUCGGCCACAUCAGCGGACGGCCCGUCCCGCGACAAGAAUUCGAUUCACGCCUGAGGAAGAUGCAUUUAUUGUUCAAUUGAAAGCUCAAGAGCUCAGUUAG